AUGGAAUCUCCUGGAGUUCCAAUCAGACUUGGAUCCAUCAUUAUGCUUAUUAAAUAUGGAAUGGAAAGAGUUGAAAUGGUGACAUCAAAUAAGAAAGCUUGUGCAUCAUUAGUCGAUGAUUUAACUAUUAUUCAUGAUAUAUUGAGUAGUACUAAUGAAGAAGAAAAACAAAAAGCAGAAAAUCAUAGAUUGCAGCUGGUUAUGAACAGACUUUACCGAAUUACAACUCGUGCUAACGUAUUAUUUGAUAGAUGUGCAAGUGGUAAAACGACAAUAAAAAUUCGGAAUUUUCUACAAGCAACAUCAAUAAAAGGAGAACUGCAUAGGUUGCAAUCAGAAAUACCAAAAGCGCUUGGUAUGUUGUGUUUAGUAUUUCAUGUUAAACAAAUGUCGGCAUACAGCAGAGGUGGUGGUGUAGCAUUACCUCUAGUAGAUGAAACUGUAUUUAAUGACGAAGAAGAGCAAGACUUAGAGCCAGCGGAAGAAUAUUAUGUAGAUGAUGAUGGUUGA